AGACGGCUAGUGCUUGUAAGGACAAGUUUAUGGAGCUGAGAAAGUCGUAUAGGAAGCUGAAGACUAUGAAGUCUAGGAAUGCUGCGGUGAAAGUUACAUGGAAGUACUUCAACAAGUUUGAUGACAUAUACAGGGCGCACGAAAAUGGCGCUGAACAACCUAUGGAGGUAGAGGGGCUGGAUGAUUAUGAAAUGGUAGCCGUCGAUGAAGACUUCAGCAAGGAAUUACAGGAUGAUGACGACAUCCAAUGUAUCUUCGUAAUACCGGAAGGGCAAGACAUCAAUGAUUUUAGCAACGCACAAAUGACAACCCAAGAUGCAACGCAAGAAAAUGGCGUAGAAACAGAGGCAGUCACAGAAACAGACAAACAGACAGAUACACAACAAACAGAACCUCCAAAGAAAACUCUGACAACUUGGACAAAGAAGAGCAAAAAACGCAUGUUGCUAUUACAUUAUAACUAUCUUAAAUCUCACAAGGGACAAGAAAUAAUACCGUCUGAUAUGUGGAAAGAAAUAGCUGAACAACUAACUGAUAAGACCCCUUUAUCCUGCAGAAAAAUGUUCGCCAAACUAAAGGCAAACCGACUAGAAGCGAAGGAUGAAGACGUCAAAAAGAAAACCCCAUACUUUGCAAUACUAGAAAAAAUACUAGCUCUAAAACCUAAAUUCAGGAAAAAAGCUCAAGAAAACGAUAGUUUGAAGAAAGGUGAGAAGGUUUAUAAAGAUGUUCCGAUGCCGAGUGAGAAAGUGCAGCAAGCUUUAGAGUUUUACUUGGAGAAUAUCGAAGAAUUCGUUAGUCCCAGGUUCGAGAAGAAAUACGCGUGGUCCAACCUUUCGAAAGCCGUUGGCGAGCCCGUCAGUAAAGUCUUUAAUAAAGUUAAUUACUUAAAAAACCACAGUAAUAACACUGAGGAGCAAGAUUCUCCGUACAAGAACUUGUUGCAACAGAUUUCAGCUAAAGAAACUGUUAUAAAACUGGACGCAAGCGAAGGAAAAUCCGUAUUAGAACAAGACAUGGAUGACUUGGCAGCAUGGAGCGACGACGAAAUCGAGCAACUUCUCAUCUGGUACUUAGCUAACCUGGACAAGUUUAAUAAUCCCAAAUACGUGCGCAAAUACUUGUGGUUGGAGUCCUCCAAUAUUUUGGCUAAGAGUCCUUUGGCGUGUUCUAAGAAGAUGAAUGAGAUUAGGACUGAAUACAGGAAUAUGGUGCGUGAGGGGCCGGAACAGCUCAGCAGCUGGAGGUUCUAUGAGCUGUGCCAGAAGAUCUACGGGACGGGCAAGCAAAAGACGCAAGAAUAGGUAUCUAAAAUUGUUAGUUAGAACCUUCUUAGUUGACGUCCUUGUCGUACCAAACCAGAAGGGCUAGCACGGGGCGCAAGAUGCGCACGUCAAGACGUGAGUUUUCCGUCGCACUCGUUCUCAAAGUCGCGUGAUGUGAAUGAACGCGAUGAAAAAAUUUCCACAUCUUGGUUUCUUGCGCCCCGUGAUAGGCCUUCUGGAGUAGACAUCCAAAUGACAUGUGUAAUCAUACUUAUAUUUAUGUAGACAGGCCUAACAAAAUCCUCCUGGCAUAAUAUGCUGGCUUGAUAUUUUACCGAGAAAGGUAUAUUUUUACAUUUACUUAUUUAAUUCAGUAGUCAUACCACGAAUAAUUUAACACGACU